AUGAAGUCCUUAACAUUAAUUUCUUCAUUCUUUCUCUGCGUUGUCGUUGUACUUUUCACAUUUUCAUCUAAUUAUGCUUCAGCUCACAUUCAUGAAGACUUCCUUCACUGCCUCUCAAACCAUUUAUCAAACUGUUCCACCAUUACUGAACUCGUCUACACUCCAAACAACCCAUCGUAUUCAACUCUAUUAAAUUCCUCAGUUAUGAACUUCCGCUUCUCUUCUCCUUCCUUACCAAAACCGUCAGUUAUCAUUACACCAUUUCAUGUCUCCCAAAUCAAAGCCACCUUGAUGUGCUCAAAGAAACAUGGCUUGCAGAUUCGAACUCGAAGCGGCGGCCAUGACUCUGACGGUCUCUCCUACAUAUCCGAUGUGCCUUAUGUCGUAAUCGAUCUGAGAAACCUUCGUAAGGUCAAAGUUGACGUUCAUGACAAAACGGCCUGGGUUCAAGCAGGAGCUACCAUCGGUGAAGUUUAUUAUAAUAUCGCCAAGAAGAGUCCGAUUCUAGGGUUUCCUGCUGGAAUUUGCUACACUGUAGGUGUGGGUGGACACUUCAGUGGAGGAGGCUAUGGAAUUUUGAUGAGAAAAUAUGGCCUUGGAGGUGAUAAUGUUAUUGAUGUACGUAUACUGCUAGCAAAUGGAAAAAUAGUUGACCGAAAAUCUAUGGGAGGUGAUCUUUUCUGGGCUUUAAGAGGUGGUGGUGCGGUAAGCUUUGGAAUUGUUCUUGCGUGGAAAAUCAACUUGGUUGAUAUCCCAUCUACAAUUACCAUAGCCAAUGUUCAGAUGGACUAUGAGCAAGAUUCAACAAAAAGGCUUGUCCACCAAUGGCAAACUAUAGCAGACAAAUUCGAUAAAGAUUUGUUACUGUUUGUUAGGUUACAAACUGGAAAUUCUACAACUCCUGGGAUCACCAAGCCAUCCUUACAAGCUUCCUUUGCUGUGGUGUUCCUUGGUGGAACUGAUAAGCUUAUUCCCUUGGUUAAAAAAAGCUUCCCUGACUUGGGUUUAGCCAGAAAAGACUGUGUCGAAAUGAGUUGGAUUCAGUCCAUUCUUUUGUUUAAUGGAUUCCCAACUAAUUCUUCUCUAGAUGUUCUUCUAAAUAGGACACAGUCAGUAAUGUUUUCAUUCAAAGCAAAAGCUGAUUAUGUCAAAGAGCCAAUUCCAGACGAUGUCGUCGAUAAGUUAGCGAAGAGUUUGUAUCAAGAAGACUUGGGAACAGCAGUUCUUCAGUUGUUUCCGUAUGGAGGAAGAAUGGGAGAAAUUCCGGAAUCAGAAACACCAUUCCCUCACCGAUCUGGAAACCUUUACGAGCUCACUUAUCUUGCUCGGUGGGUGGAGAAGGGGAAUGCUUCGGAAACCGAGAAUCAUUUGAAAUGGACAAGAAGUUCUUAUAGUUACAUGGCUCCCUAUGUGUCUAAGAAUCCAAGAGAAGCGUACCUCAAUUACAGAGACCUUGACAUCGGAAGAAACAACUAUAAUGGCUCCACUACAUACGCACAAGCAAGCAUUUGGGGAUCGAAGUAUUACAAGGAUAAUUUUAAGAGAUUGGUUUAUGUCAAAACUAUGGUUGAUCCUUCUAAUUUCUUCAGGAAUGAACAAAGUAUCCCAGCUUACUCUUUAUGA